AUGCCACCGAAGUACUACAUUCGCCCGGAUGAUACCCUCAUAGGCAUAUCACUCAAGCUUAAAGUAGAUGCCCGUCUCCUGUGUCGCAUAAACAACCUACCUGCCAGUACCCUCCGCACUACCCCUCACCUCCUUCACACUCGCAGUUUUCUUACUCUCCCGCCCUCCGCACGCGCACCACCGCCCUUAUCCCCAGCCGAGCUUGCAGCAGACGAAGAGCGUCAGGCCAGACUCGCUCGUGAGCGCGCGGAGACACGCUUCCAGGCGAUGACGAAGGAGACUGACAGGGGCGUGGCGAAAGCCUACGUUGCUCUCGCAGGACUGCCGGAUGAGGCCGGCGAGAUCAAGCAGUAUGAGAAGGAGAACGGGCUCCGGAAGAGGAGAGUGACGUCUAGUGAGGACGACGGCGCCGGGGGAUAUCUAGAGGGUCGGGCGAUGGACCGCUACUUUGACGACGAAGAGUGGGAGGCGGGCGAACGAGCCGAAGGACGCAACGCCGCCCUCCCUCCGUUUCCGUACGUCGCAGCGGGAGAGUCGAGUCGGGCUGCCGGAAAGGUGUCUGCAGAGAAGUCUUGGUGGCGGUGGAAGAACUAG